CGAGAAAGUACUAGUGCCUCCCUAGUUGUUGUACAAUUGUCAAAAACAAAUUUUCCGAUUUUUGUUUUUAUUGUGUUUAAAUUGGUUCUUUCUCUUAUUACAACAAUGUGCGAUUUUACUAAAGAGUGUAAAAAUAACUUUCACGUGAACUGUAUGUUGUGCUAUUAUUGCAUUAAAAGACGUCUUAAAGAAAUAACCUAUAUGUGUCGUGAGAUUACAAAGUUGUAAGAGUGUUGUUAUGGGUUUUAAUUAUGUUUAAUAGUGUUAUUAAUUGUGUUUCUAUAUGUGAUAUAUCUGGUGUGUGUUCAAUUCGAGGUUUUAUGGCGAUUCCUGGUACUUUAAUCGAUUUGCUGAUCUACGCGGGAAGAUAAGUAUAUGUAUCGGAAAUUUUUCGAAAAACUCUCUAACAAUAAAAUCAUUUGUAAGAUUUGCUCAACAAGAAUGGGCCGAGGUAAUAUGGUCCGUCACUUUAAAUUAAAACAUCAAUUUGUGAACCGUGAAACUGAAAAGAAGGAUAAUUCUCGUUUCGAUACUAGGAAGAAACCUAGCCCUUGGGCAAAAUAUUGCAUCGAGGUGGGUGAAAACCAAUUCCAAUGCGUAAUGUGCAAUAAUGUUCUAAAUAUGCCGAAAGCCCACGGCAACUUGAAGCGUCAUAUUAAAUUUAAGCAUCCUAAAGUUUUUGAAAGGGAAACAAAGGAAAGUUUGAAAUCUUUUUGGAAACAAUUUGGUAUAAAUUCGGAGGCAGAGGCACAGAAAAUAAUAAAAGAGAGUGAGGAAGAUAUAGAAGUAGAAGAAGUGGCAAUCGGAGAAGCAGAAUAUCUUGAAGAAUAUAUGGUCGAUGAAACUGCAACAGUGGUACAAAGUGAUCCUGAAAAUGAAAAGAAUACGGAAGAAGGAGAGCCUAUGGAAGGAGAAUCUGGAGACAGAGUUUCAAAGAAAAAUUAUGAUACAAAUACAGACGAAAGUCUAAUCGUAUCUGAAGUUCACGCAGUCGAUAAAAUAGUAGAUUUUGGAAACUUAGAGUUCGUAAGCGAAGACGAUGCAAAAUUCGAAGAGAAAAUCAAAUGGUUAGCGGAUAGAGCAAUCCCUGGGAAGAAAAGUUUUAAAACGCGCAUAUGGAAUUUCUUUAAAGAAAUUAAAAAGAAUCGUAUUUACCAAUGCAAGCUUUGUAAGAGGAAGCUCGCAGGAUCUUCUAGAAGCUCGUCGAAUCUUAAGCGUCAUUUGUUGUUAGUACAUGAAAAAGCGUAUGAAAUUAUAACUAAUAGUCCUAAUUUUCAUAAGAUACCCAAAGGUACUAUCGACAAGCUACAGAAAUAUAUUAUUAAACCUACAGACAAGACCUUCGAAACAUCGUACUUUGAGGAUCAAGGAGACAAUCAGUACAAAUGUAAGAUGUGCGAUGAAGUUAUACACUCCGACGCGUCAGACAGCGUGUUGUUAUUUAAGCAUAUUAAUGAGGAACACUCUGAAGAGGUGGUCGGUGGUAUUGAAGAACCUGACGGCGAUGAUCAAGAAGAAGGAAGUGUUCUUUUUGUCAAGAAGAAAGAUUUACAAAUAUCCUAAGUUGUAUAAAGAUAAGACAACACGUUCUAAGAUAAUGAACUUGUAGGUCACAGAAAGAAGUGUUAUAGGUAGGCCACACAGAAGACAGGCGUCCCUUUUUCCUUUUGGUCCCUUUUCCUUCCCACCUUUCUUUUUCUUGUGAG